GGUGGGAUUGAAAUCCGGUGUGUUGCGUAUAUACCGUAGAAAGAGAGAGAGAGUUUGCAAUCUGAGUUUCCCUCCACUCCGUGUUUUAACAUGGACGCAGCAGCUCCUUACAAUCCCCGCACCGUCGAAGAGGUUUUCAGAGAUUUCAAGGGCCGCAGAGCUGGCAUGAUUAAAGCCCUCACAACCGAUGUCCAACACUUCUAUCACCAGUGUGAUCCAGAGAAGGAAAAUCUUUGCCUUUAUGGAUUUCCUACCGAGCACUGGGAAGUCAAUCUGCCAGCUGAGGAGGUGCCUCCAGAGCUUCCAGAGCCGGCAUUGGGUAUUAACUUUGCGAGAGAUGGGAUGCAAGAAAAGGACUGGCUAUCCUUGGUUGCUGUGCACAGUGAUGCAUGGUUACUUGCUGUGGCUUUUUAUUUUGGUGCUAGGUUUGGAUUUGAUAAGGCUGAUAGGAAGCGACUGUUUAACAUGAUAAAUGAUCUUCCAACGAUAUUUGAGAUUGUUACAGGGAUGGCCAAGAAACAAGGAAAGGAAAAGUCAUCAGUUUCUAAUCAUAGCAGUAACAAGUCUAAAUCAAACUCAAAGAAAGGUUCUGAAUCUCAAGGACAGAAAGGUUCUGAAUCUCAAGGGAAGUAUUCAAAAGCAAUGCAAUUAAAGGACGAGGAUGAGAAUGGUCUGGAAGAGGACGAUGAAGAGGAGCAUGGAGAGACACUUUGUGGGGCAUGUGGAGAGAACUAUGCGGCUGAUGAGUUCUGGAUUUGCUGUGACAUUUGUGAGAAGUGGUUUCAUGGAAAAUGUGUGAAGAUUACCCCUGCUAGGGCUGAGCAUAUCAAGCACUACAAGUGUCCAUCUUGCAGCAACAAGAGAGCUCGACCUUAACAGUGGCUAGGAUGGUGACGCGACUGUGUAUCUCGGUUCCUGGGCAAUUAUAUAACUGUUAGUUUGUUUUUAGUUCAGGUUUAUUAGACUUCGUCAAUUCUAGCUUCUAGGUAAAAUCUGUUUCAGAUUUAUGUUAGGUACUGUUUAUUCUGUCCAAAAUUUGGAUAUUUAUGUCAUGAGCAAAUUUAAAUAUUGUAAUGUGUUUCCUUAAAUUUAGUGGUGUCUAUAACUAUCUA